AUUCGAGUAGUUUUUAUUUUUAAUUCCUUUUAUUUAACUGCUCAAUAACCAAAGUCGGUGGUUUGCCCUUGCCGGAAUAUAAUGCGGAGCAUUAUGGCCAAGAUACAAGGCACCUGUGAAGAAUUCUGUCCCGAUGGCGAGAUUAAAAUGCGGGUGCGCGAGAGAAUGCUUCACUUCUUUGAACUCAAGAAUGGUCAGAAGAACGUCCCCGGUAUUCUGGUAAAGGAAUUUACACGCUCUGCCGCUGACGUCAAAAUGCCCAAGAGAGAGGAUAUGCGCACGGUGCAAUGUUUGACCAGGACCGUUGAGUAUCUCCUAAAAGACAUUGUAAUGGAUAACCGAGUGCCCUACCGCAUGGCCUACGAUUUUAUUUUCGAUCGCUUGCGUGCUGUGCGUCGCGAGAUUGUCAUUCAGAUGUUGGAUGCGCAACAUACUGCAAAACUUCUGGAGCCAAUUGUGAUGUUUCUGGCGUACAGCCGGUACCGUCUGUGUGUCGAACCAAUUGAUAUGUUUGAUGCAAAGAUAUGCAACCAGCAUCUGCAGGAGUGUCUCACUGGAGUGCUCUGCUGCUACAAGACUUUUGAAGAGGAUGAAACGGCCCCAAGUCCUACAAUUCGUGAUCUCCAACGACGCUGUUUCAUCGAGUCUGUGUAUCAAGUGUUCAAUUUGGGCUGCCCGGAAUCCCUGGAGCGGGGCCUAACCUUACCAGAGCAUGUGCGCCAGGAUCCAACUUUUAAGCUCAGCUUUCAGAUGAGCCUUUCCUACCACCAGGGAAAUCUCUACCGCGUCCUCUUAGCAUUGCCCAAACUUCCGCACAUACUCUGUGCCUUGGCCGCCACAAAGUUACAGAUAAUACGAAGACGGAUUCUUCAAAUGUUUACGCAUGCCUACAAUAAGCAGUUCAAUGUGCCGGGUUCGUACUUGUUGCGUGUGAUGUUAUUCGGUUCGCCGGAGCAUUUGACCCAGCAGUGCCGCCACUACGGCCUGGAAGUGAGCAAGGAACUUGAGCGUGAGCCGGUGCUGUGUAGUAGGUCGGUGUUUAAGAACCCCGAAGAAACAAAGCUACUGUAUAUACCCGGAAUUGGCAAUGUCCCCAAGGCAGUGCUAUUCAAAAAGUCUGAUUUUAUAAACUCUGCUGAGACAAUUAAGGAGCAGCAUGAACCGUUUGUUGACUCCAAACUGAAAAAGGUUUAUUUGCCAGAAGUUUUACUUCUUAAAAAAUUCACUUGAGCUAGAGCAGUGGAUCUAAAUAAUAAGAUAUGAAAUGAAACGAUUUUGUUAAUUUAUUUUUAAGAGAUAUGUGAGUAUAAAUUAAUGGGCAACCCUGGAAAAA